GUCAUUGACGUCAUCAAGAAAUAUUUAAAGACCAAAAAUUGUCGAAAGACUCGACUAGAUUGAAUAUCUUUAGAAGCAGUGUUAGAGAAAUUCUUCUCGAAGACGCAGGUGAAAUAAACCCCACACUGAAAAUGAAUUUACACACAGUGUUGUUUGUACUUGCUGCUGUCUGUUACAUCCAGGCACAAGAUGAAGGCUGUGAGAACGUCAAGAUGGACAUGGUCUUUGUGGUGGACUCGUCUGGAAGUAUUGGAGCAUCAGACUACAAGCUGGCUAAAGAGUUCAUGAAAGACCUGCUCGCUGAGGCCGACAUUGACAACAGCAAUGUCAGGGUCGGUGUCGUCAUCUUCAGUGAUGUAGAUACAAUCCAGUUCCACUUGGAUAGCUAUAAAACCAAAGCUGAAAUAUAUCAAGCCAUCUCUGCCAUCCCUUAUAUCGCAGGCAGUACCAACACUGCUGAUGGUCUAAAAACAAUGAGGACGACAAUGUUCAGCCCUGCACACGGAGAUCGUCCUAAUAUCCCCAACAUUGCAGUGGUCAUCACAGAUGGUCAGUCUAAUAUCAACAACAACAGAACAAUCCCAGAAGCUGAGGCCGCCAAAGCACAGGGUAUUCAGAUCUAUGCUAUUGGUGUUGGCGCAGGAAUCACGGAAGAAUUAAACAGGAUCGCAAGCACGCCUGUAGAUGAUUUUAGAUUUAAAGUUGAAAAUUAUUCUUUACUUAAAAGUCUGAGACAAAAAUUGUUUAGCGUCAUAUGCUCGUAUGUGACAGAAGCCCCAACACCUGCACCGACAACACCUAAACCAGUUGUGAUCAGACGUGUGAACACCAGGUUUGAUCUAGUGUUUGUACUUGACGCCACUUCCAGUGUGUCCAAAUCUAACUUUGAUCUGAUGAACAAAUUCAUCAAAGAUUUCAUCUACGAAGACGAUAUUUACAACGAAAAUGUUAGGAUUGGUGUUGUCACUAGUAGUAACAGUCAUAUCCAGUUCCAUCUUGACAAGCACAGAACUAAAGAUGAUAUCAUCAAUGACAUAGAAGCUAUAGCCUAUCCACCAAAUGACAACACCAACACGGCAGAUGCCAUUAGAACAAUGAGGACAGACAUGUUCACUGAAUCAAAAGGGGAUCGUUUAGAUGUUGAUAACAUCGCCAUAGUACUUACAACUGGUGUUUCCAACAGUCAAAUCAUUCAGUCAGAAUCUGACGCGGCCAGAACACAGGGCAUUCACAUCUUUGUUGUUGGCAUAGGUCUAAGGGACACCACUCAAAUGGAUGUUAUCGCCAAUAAACCAGUUGUUGAAAAUAGAUUUACUGUCAAAGAUUUCACACAACUUGAAGACCUUAAAGAAGAUAUUUUUCCUGCUGUGUUAAAAACUGUCAAGGAAAAACGAAGUGAAAGAAAAGAUUGUCCGCCAGAACCUGCUGCCGUAAUGCUGGACGUCUGGACCAAACCAUCUGGUGAGGGCUAUUUCGUCUGCUCACUGUCAGAGUUUCUACCAGAAGGUGUGGACAUCUUGUUUACAUUGCACGUAGAGGGAGAAGUACAAACUGUUAACAAAAAGAUUAGUUCUUCCGACAAAGAAGUUUUAAUUUCAUUUAGAGUUGUUCAGCAAGCUUUGUAUAAGAAAAGGAUUUACUGUUCGGCUGUGGUACAAAAUGUGACAAGUGGAUCAAAGAAUUGUCACGAAGAAAGCAGCAAUGUUAUCACUCCAUCUAUCAUGUGUCCACAACAAACUACCUUAACAUUAGUUGAAGGUCAAGCUCCUGAAAAUCUGGCUUUUAAACUGACUGCUCCACCAGAACUUUACUGUACUGGUAGACCAGGAAGUACGUGUGAUGUGGAAGUCGUCAUAGAGAUUAUUCCAGGCAGUGAUGAACUCAAGUGCUCUAAAUCUGAAAUCAUUUCUCAAGUUGUGUUUAAAACUAAAGCAUGUCGACUGAAAUUUACACCCAAUAAUUGGAAGGGUGGAAUCACUAUUCCAGUGAAAGCAACUGAAGACAGAAUCAUUGAUGGAAACAGAUUUCUAACCAUACAGACCUACAUUAAACUCAGUGGUGAUCAAAUAAUACAGGAUAAAUGUGCUGACAUACAAGCCACUGUUGUUGAUAAGGACAGAACCUCUAUCUGUUAUUCUAUCAAUGAUCCACAUAUUGCAACUUUUGAUAAAAUGUAUUAUGACAACCACCUAUCAGGUGACUUCAUUCUCUACAAACACAAGACACUGCCUUAUGAGGUUCAGGUAAACUUCCAACCAUGUUUAUCAUCGCCAUCUGCCACCUGUAACUGUAAAGCAGCGAUACAGUCAGGGGAUGAUGUCAUUGUUUUUACUUCCUGUGAUACAAGGCAAGGUAAGCAACGCUCAGAUGCUGCAGCUCUUGAUGUCCAGAUUUUUCGCAAUGGCGAGCUAACUCCUGGAACUCAGAUAAAACAACUUGGUGGAGGUCAACAGUUCGAUGUACUUCUACCAACAGGAACUGUUGUGUCUGUGAUGCCAAGUCAGUUGAACUUCAUGAACAUCUUUAUUAAAGCUUCACCGUCUGACUUUAAACAAACAGAAGGUCUAUGUGGUAAUUUUAAUGGUAGAACAGAUGAUGAUAUGAACAGUAUGGGUGAAAACACGUUUAAUCUAAACUGGAGAGCCAGUGCAACCAUCUACUCUGGUGUACCAGUGGUACCAUCACAACAAGAUCCUGAACCAGCUACAUACAGCAGCUGUACCCAAGGCUUUACACCCAUCUCUAAACCAGGACUGGAUGUUUCUAGAUGUUCAUCAGAUAAUAAUGAUAUAACAGGUGCCCUUAUACGGCAGUCCAUGUCAACAGAAAGUAGCAGCAGUGCCCCAGUACCCAGUCCUACACCAGGUUCAUCUAGGAAAAGAAGACAAGUUGUUAACACCGCUGUUUGGAACACACAUAUAGUUAACUACACAUUAGCAGAAGCCGAGAGAAACUGUUCAGAUUACUUGAAGAAUAGCAGUACAGUCAAAGCUUGCACAAAUCAACUUUCGGCUGACAGAGUUCAACAGAGUGUCACCAACUGUGCUUAUGAUCUGGUGAAAACAGGUUUUUUUGAUUGGACUUUGUCACAUCUCAGCAGUCUGGCAAUGGAGUGUAUCACACGAGUUGAACAAAACCAAAGUUCAUGGACAGGUGAAGGUGAAACACCUGGUGAACCUGUACUUCCUCAAGCCAUUGUCACCCAGCUGUGUGUCAGGGACUGUGGGGACAACGGACAAUGUCUCAACUCUUAUUGCAGAUGUAAGAACGGCUACUUUGGUGAAAGUUGCCAGUUUGGACCCAACACUGUGCCACUAAUUUUUGGAGCAGAGAAAACUUGUAAUAUUCAAGAAUCUUCUUGUGAAACAGUCAGGAUAGAUGGGGAUUUUUUCACAUCUUCUGAUAAUCUUGCUUGCCAUAUAAACUUUGCUGCGGUGAAUACACGUGCAAGAAAAACAGAGAGCAGUGCUGUAGUGAGAGCAGAGUACAUCAGCAUGUACCAAGUUGGAUGUACACUCCCUACACGACGCAGUGCCUACAUCACCGUCACAAACGAUGGCGUACAUCAGAGUGAAAAUGUUUACCUUCAUGUUGUCCACAACUCCAGCUGUCAGACGUGUGUCAUCAAUGACAACAAAACUAAUGUAGACUGUCACAUGAUUACAAAUGUGUGUGUGAUAGAAGGACAAUGUUACUUACAACAGCAAGAAGACUCUGUGGAUUCUUGCAACAUCUGUAAUCUUGAUAGCAGCAACACUGUAUGGACCAGGAAAACUGAUUCAGCAUGCAAGGAAGGCUUGUCUAAUGAAGCCAUCAUUGCCAUCAGCGUUGGUUGUGCUGUUUUUGGGUUACUUCUCAUCCUAGUCGUCAUCAUAGUUAUCCUUAAGAAAAGGAGAACAGGGAAGUCAGCUUAGAAUGUUCACCAUUGCUAUUAAAUCUCUGGGCUGGGCUGUUUCUCGUUCUACUACAGUGAAAUGAAAUCAAAAAGCUUUUCAGCGAUUGUUUUAAUUUUAUUUAUUGAUUUUUAAAAAUAUUUUAAUUUUGACCAGUUUUAAAAAAAAAUAAUAUUGCUGUA